AGCAAAUCAAUUUCACUCGUUGGUUGGUAAUGUCCUGAGGGGGUAGAGUAGCCUCAUAACGUCAAACCUCAGGCCAGGAUCAGCCCAGGGGCGGAGUAGCGAGUUCAGCUCCUGAACGACGACUACACGGAUAACCACCACGCUGAAGCCGCCUUCAGCAUCUCCCGGUUUCUCAAUCACACACACCCAUUCUCUGGAAAGAUGGUCGCUAUAGAAACAUCACCCAACUCGUCUCCUUCGGCUGAAUGGGUCGGCUGUCUGGAUAAAAGGCCUGCAGAGCGUUCAGCAGAGGAUGUGGAUAUUAUUCUGACCAGACUUAAAGGGGUUAAAACCUUCCAGAGGUUCCACCCCUCCCUCCUGCUGCAGAUCUGCUCCUGUGCCUUCUACGAAUACCUGGAGAAAGGCAUCACCUGGAAGUAUACACACACACACUUGGACAUCUGCACACACUCUCUCACACUAACUCAGUGGUAUGAGCACCUUGAAAAAGGCCUCUCUGAUACCUCAUUGGCGUUCAGGUUUACUAUGAAUUGUCACAUCAAUGUUAUGACUAUUUAUGAAUGAUUUCUGAAUGCUUAUAUGCUGUUAUGUCUGUUCUGUGUAGUGUUCCACCAGGGUGACAUAGGAACCAGCUGGUAUGCUGUUCUGUCUGGCUCUCUGGAUGUCAAGGUGUCAGAAACAGCCAACCACCAGGAUGCUGUCACUAUCUGCACGCUGGGAAUCGGGACGGCGUUUGGAGAGUCAAUUCUGGAUAAUACUCCUCGCCACGCCACUAUCGUCAGCAGAGAGACCAGCGAACUGCUCCGCAUCGAACAGAGAGAGUUCAAGAGUCUAUGGGAGAAGUACCGGCAGUGUAUGGCUGGACUUCUGGCCCCUCCCUAUGGCGCCAUGGAAACUGGAUCCAACAAUGACAGGCUGACAGACAAAGACAGUCUAGGUUCAGAUCCUCUCAACUUCAUGAACAAGAUCCUCAACAAGGUUCCAUCAGAGAAGCUGCAGCGAGGGGGGAAGGUGAUGCGGAACGCCAUCCUCUCCAGAGCUCCUCACAUGAUCAGAGACAGGAAGUACCACCUCAAGACAUACAGGCAGUGUUGUGUAGGUACAGAGCUGGUAGACUGGCUGGUGCAGCAAAGUACCUGUGUACAUACUCGCUCUCACGCUGUGGGGAUGUGGCAGGUUCUGCUGGAGGAGGGAGUCCUGAACCAUGUGGACCAGGAGCUGGGUUUCCAGGACAAGUACCUGUUCUAUCGUUUCCUUGAUGAUGAGGAGGAGCACACCCCAUUGCCAAGCGAGGAGGAGAAGAGGGAGAGUGAGGAAGAGCUGCCUGAGACAAUCCUCUUCCUUGCCCAGAUGGGACCUGAUGCCCUGCUGCGCAUGAUCCUCCGCAAACCUCCUGGUCAGAGGACGGGUGAGGAUCUGGAGAUCAUCUAUGAUGAGCUGCUUCACAUCAAGGCCUUAUCCCACCUCUCCAACACUGUGAAGAGGGAGCUGGCGGGUGUUCUCAUCUUCGAGUCUCACGCCAAAGCAGGAACCGUGUUGUUUAACCAGGGAGAAGAGGGAACAUCCUGGUACAUCAUCCAGAAGGGCUCUGUCAAUGUGGUCAUCUACGGCAAGGGUGUGGUGUGUACCCUGCACGAGGGGGAUGACUUUGGGAAGCUGGCGUUGGUGACUGACUCUCCUCGAGCUGCCUCCAUCGUCCUCAGAGAAGACAACUGUCACUUCCUCCGAGUGGACAAAGAAGACUUCAACAGGAUACUCAGGGACGUGGAAGCAAAUACAGUGCGUUUGAAGGAACAUGAGCAGGCUGUUCUGGUCUUGGAGAAGAGUCCCAGAGCCUCCAGUCUGGGAAAUAUCAGGUACACUGUGUUGUCUGGAACCCCUGAGAAGAUCCUUGACCACUUCCUGGAGACUAUGAGGAUGGAUACACACCACUCUGACCCAGACCCUGGGGUAGAUGACUUUGUCCUCAUGCACUGUGUCUUCAUGCCUAACAGCCAGUUCUGCCAGCUACUCAUGGCACACUACCAUGCUGUGGCUCCCCCGGGCUCGGAGCAGGAGAGGUUGGAGUACGCUGUGACCUGUAAGAGACGAGUCCUCAAUCUGGCCCUGCGCUGGGCUGCAGUACACACACACCACUUACAGGAGGAGCCAGCAGCACUCAUAUUCCUGGAGGAGCUGUAUGGGAGUGUGUCCAGUGUGUCCAAUGACUCACGGAUCCUCAGAGCUCUGAAAGACUUUGUACCUGACUUGGAGAAGGUCGUCAAACUACAUUCAGAAGAGGCCAAAGUGAAAAAGCAGAAGGUCCUUACACAGUUCAGCAAUGGAGACGAGAAACUAGUGAAGACACAACCCAUCAGGAACUGUGACGACAUCCUGUUGAAGGUGUACUGCAGUGACCACACCUACACCACCAUCCGGGUUGCCGUAGCGGCCACAGGGAGUGAGGUGACCAGCGCUGUGGCCUACAAACUUGCCUCAAACGACGACCUGCUAUUGGUCCACCUCAGCUCCGCAGGCGAGAAGCAGAUGCUGAAGCCCAAUGAUGUGUCAGUAUUCUCCUCUCUGAGCAUCAAUGGGCGUAUGUUCGCCUGUCCCCGGGACCAGCUCAAUGCUCUGACCCCUCUCCCAGACCAGGAGGGGCCCUCAGCUGGGUCCAUGUCCAGCUUUGAGCUGAUGAGUUCUAAAGACAUGGCCUAUCAGAUGACUCUGUACGACUGGGAACUCUUCAGCUGUGUUCACGAGCAUGAGUUGUUGUACCACACGUUUGGCCGUCAGCGCUUCAGGAGAACCACAGCCAACCUGGACCUGUUCCUACGCAGGUUCAACCAGGUGCAGCUGUGGGUGGUGACGGAGGUGUGUCUGUGUGGUCAGCUUAGCAAACGGGUUCAGCUGCUCAAGAAGUUCAUCAAAAUUGCUGCUCACUGUCGGGAGUUUAAGAACCUGAACUCGUUCUUUGCCAUCAUCAUGGGUAUGAGCAACCCUGCAGUCAGCCGACUCACCCAGACCUGGGAGAAACUCCCUAGCAAGUUCAAGAAGUUCUAUGCUGAGUUUGAGAGCAUGAUGGACCCGUCCAGGAACCACCGGGCAUACCGGCUGACCGUCACCAAAAUAGAGCCGCCAAUCAUCCCCUUCAUGCCCCUCCUCCUCAAAGAUAUGACGUUUAGUCACGAGGGCAACAAGACAUUCAUAGACAACAUGGUCAACUUUGAGAAGAUGCAGGUGAUCGCAAACACCAUCCGGGCGGUGAGACACUGCAGGAGUCAGCCGUUCAACCCUGAGGUGUGUCAGCCCAAUAAGAACCAUGCUGAGGUGAGAGGUUAUGUCAGGAAGCUGUGUGUGAUUGACAAACAACGGACCCUGACAACACUCUCCUAUAGGCUAGAGCCCUGCAGGACCUGAGCCUGCCCAUCAUGCAGUUGUUACCCUCUAUGACAUCAUACAGAACCCUCAGCCUCUGUGUAAGAUCAAGUCACCUUCAUUGCUAUGACAUCAAAUGGCCUCAUUGUUCCUCUGUGACAGCAUAUGGAACAGUCAGAUGUCUAUGACAUCACAAUGGAAUUUUUAGCCCACUAAGACAUCUUACUGAACCCUUAGCCCUCUAUGACAUCACACAGAACCAUCAGCCCUCUGUGAAAUCAUACAGAACACUUUGCCCUCUGUGACAUCAUAGUGAACCCUCAGCUCCUCUGUGACAUCACAUAGAAGAGAGAUGAUUUAGAGAUAAGAGACUCUUGAUUUCUCUGUUACAUGUAAGGUUACUCUAAAUGUAGAUAGAAAAAAGUAUUUAAAAAGUAACUGAAAAAAGUUACAACUAGAGGUUUUAAGUCUUAUUUACAGAUUAUCAUGUCCCUUACUUUGAGCAGAUGUAAAACAUAUGAAAAAGUAUAAUGUUACAAAUACCAAGAUCUUUACAUAAAGUAUUAUAGAGAAACAAAACCUCUAGCUUUGUUACGCCAGUGUUCUGAAAACUGUCCUCAAGUUCUUGUUUAUUUUUGCAUUAAAGCACAACUCAUUUUGCGUAUUGUUAUUCAAUUAAAAUCAGUCAUCUUUCUCAGUUGUGUUUUCUUCAUGUAGUUUUUGUAAAUGUGGGUACUGUAUAUUUAACUUGUCCUAGAAUUUGUUUUACCUCAUCAUGAUGUCAGUGGGUUGAGAGCGUAUAGUCUGUCUGAACUGUAAAUAAAAAUAUCUAAUAUAA